CUAAACUGUCCCGCUGGGCCAAUUAGGUGUCACCUCAUCGGUCUCUUGAUUUGAUUCGAUGUAUGUGUGUGUGUAAUGACGACUGAUUCAUAUGUUCAUGUAGUUUCGGUGCAUUCUCGAGGUAUGACUCAUUAGUUCCACCGUGAUCAUUUGUUCCACUCUCUCGACCCAAUCAGACGCGUUGGACGUGGGUGUGGUUUUGACUGACAAGCAAAAUGCGCCAAUCCGCUUCGAGAAGGUGAUUGACUGUAUUCUGUGCGGAUACGUGGGUAUCGAAGUUCUUUUCGAAAUGAGUUUCCACUACGGCCAGGGUUAUCCAGGAGGACAAGCUGGAGGGGCUAACUUCCCCCGUCAACACCCACCCCCUGGUGCUCCGUACGGGGGUAGUGCUCCACCUGGUGGCCCCUCUCCCCACGGAUCUCCGUACGGGGGUAGUGCUCCACCAGGACAGUAUGGAGGCUCUGGCCCAUCGGGCUACGCCCCGUACGGGGGAGCGACCGCCCCUCCAGGGAGUCAAAAUGCUGGAGGGGCUGCACCAGGAGGGCCCUACGGGGGCUAUGGGGCCCCAGGACAGGGGAGGCAGGCUGGGGGAGCACCAGGGGCCCCAUACGGAGGGGGACAGACCCCUGGAGGGCCCUAUGUUGGGGGGUAUGGAGGACAGCCACAGGGAGGGCCCUAUGGACAGCAGUCUCCAGCAGGUAACAUACCACCAGGGGUGAACCCAGAAGCAUACCAGUGGUUCCAGACAGUGGACACCGAUCAUAGCGGCUCCAUCACUCUAAAGGAACUGAAACAGGCUCUGGUAAACUCCAACUGGUCAGCCUUUAACGACGAGACCUGCCUUAUGAUGAUCAACAUGUUUGACAAGACCAAGUCUGGCCGUAUCGACCUGUUUGGGUUCUCGGCCCUGUGGGUCUUCAUGCAACAGUGGAGACAGCUGUUCCAACAGUAUGACCGCGACCGCUCCGGCUGCAUCAGUGGCACUGAGCUACACCAAGCCUUGUCCCAGAUGGGAUAUAACCUGAGUCCCCAGUUCACUGAGACGAUAGCGGCUAAGUACGCUGUGAGCUCUGGGCGUCCUGGUUCCCUGCAGCUAGACUCUUUCAUCCAGGUGUGUACACAGCUACAGAGCAUGACGCAGGCCUUCAGGGAGAAGGACUCCGCCAUGACGGGAAACAUACGCAUGAGCUACGAAGACUUCCUCUCCACCACCGUCAACAGGCUCAUGUGAGAGGGACAAAUGGUAAUGUUCCACCUCCCAGUGGUGGCUGGUGACACUUUACAUGGGGUGGGCACAGGCUUUUAUAGUAUCAUCUUUUUGAUUUACUACAUUCCAGUUGUUAUUUUGAGCUGUCCUCCCUUCACCAGCCUCCGGUGCCAGCCACCAAUAAUAGGCAAAUAAGUCAACACCCUGAAAUCAAGAUGGAGGACAAAUGAGUCAAACAGAGGAUGAGGAAAUUGAGGAGACUAGGGGAGAGGAGGAGAUACAAUUAAUCACUCUCUUCGUCUCUGUGUGUGUGUGUAUCACACACAAGGGUAUGGAGUCAUAUAUAUAUAUAUAUAUAUAUAUAUAUGUAUGCCUACUGCAAACCUGCUCACAAGCAUCCUUAAUAUGUCAACUCCAGGACUUGAUUUGCAUGAUGGAACUUGAUGUGCCAUUUUAACCUCAUAUGUAGUGUCAAUCUCAUAGGGCCAGUUUCCUGAACCAAGAUUAAGCCUCAUCCUGGACUACAAAGCAUUUUCAGUACAGAUUCCCAAUUGCCAAUGCUUUUUAGUCCAGGGCGAACUCUUAAUCUUGGUCUAGGAAACCAGCUCAAAGUAUAGCUGAGUAUCCGUUACAUUGCAUGUAUGACACUCGGUACACUCAAAUAAUGCGCCAGAGCCAAUUUUAAUAAUUUUGACAACAUAGCUUUACUCCAACCACUACCUUAUCUGCUGUUAGCUGUGAUGGUUAUGACUGUUGAUGAUCACCAUUGCACAUUGUCGCACAGUUAUAUUUCACCCAUUGGAUAGUUCAGGACCAAUCUGUCUUUGAAUUAUUAUUUUUUUAAAUCAAAUGUAUUGUUUACUGCCAUAACUUGAAAUUGUAUUCUAUUAAAGUUUUCAAAACUUGAAA